CUGUGUAUGCAGUAUCCGCUUCAACAAGAAGUAAAGUUCUAGUUAAAGAUGUUAAGUUUAUGCCCCGCAAUAUCAACAUGACUCGGAAACUAUCAAUCACAGUCCGGUGCAGUCGGAAACCUGGCCUCGCCCACAGCGGUAGUUAAACCUCUAGCAUUUACUAACGUCGUUGUCAAAUGGACAGAAGCAUAAUUAGAUUUAGCCACUGCGAUAAAUACAUAUAUUGCUUUUCUUUUCACAACAACGUCAGUGGCGAUUCGGCUGGAAGAUCGCCUUCGCCGCAUUGUCCUCUUUGCCACAGUUAUUUGCGGUUUGGUCUGUUGGACGCUCCUGUCAGCAUUCGAACCCCUUUUGAUAAUGGACAUGCGGUUCCGUACGCGCUUACUAUUGGGUCCAUGCACGGACCAUUAUAUAUCAGACAAACGCAAGACUGCCAGUGCGUUCUCUUGCGGUUCAUAAUCAAACAAUUGAAUAUGAAAACAAGCGAGCGGGACAACUCGGAGCUGCAUGUGGGAAUAACAAAUUCUAAAGGCGUGGUCUAUAACUACACCAUGAGAGGCAUCAGAAGAGAUGAGACAGGAUGGGAGCGGUGUGUAGCUGUGCGGCUGGUCCAGCCAGGUGCUGCCAAUACCAUGAACCUGUGGGACCGAGAGCUGGAGCGCUUUGCCUUGUCAGACAUGUGGGCGCCUGAGAGAUUUCACGAAGAGAGGGAGUUCGGCACUUGUUGCUAUGCUUUUGCUCUUGGCUUCAUAAACCAAGUCAGGGCUGCUGGAGGCAAACGAUGUCUAACCAGAGAUGAAUUCACGGCCACACACAUCCUUCCUAGAAUGAAGACGACCUCCACGUACGUUCAGAUCUACAGAGAGGUGCUUGAGCGUGACUUCUACAUGAUAGACAAACCCAGAGAUGGAACAGGCUAAAAGGGAACAUUUAUCAGCAGUUAGCAAGGAAGAAAAAUGGCAGUGAUAAACAUUUGUAAUGGACGUUAAGCAGGCCAGCGGCAUAUUCUGGUAUGUACGGGCGUGCUACACAGAGCAGAAGUAUUAUUUAUGUGCUAUCAAACUCUAAAUCAAUCGAUUAAUUGUAUUGUAUUUAUAAUCCAGACUCACAUUUUGCCCCAUUCCCACUUCUGUUUAAUUUACGAUACACACUGCUGGAUUGUGCGUGCUCAUUAUUAUGGAUGAAGCUCGCUAGUGUAAAUGAUAGCUAGUGAAGAGGUCAGCAGGCCUGUGAUGUCAUGCAGGAUCAUGGCAUGUGGGGAACAGUGGUUUUGAAUUUCUCAAUGUGUUAUACUUUUACCAUAAGAGCCUGUCUGUAUUAGUGGACAUUUAUGCUUCCUAUGUUAGAAACAUUUUAGGUAUCCAGAUUUUUGUUCCAUUAUGUAUAUUAAAAACUGGAUAUAACACAUAUUAUGCAUAAUAAAUCUGUUUUGGUGUUUUCUAA